CCCAGUGACGCCCGGUAAGAGCAUGUUCGGGCCGGACGCGGACAAAGCGACGGAGCCUCCAGACAGCGCGGAAGCGUCGCGGGUGUCGGAUUCGCAGCCGGACGACAACAAGAGUCCCGCCGCGGAAACUCCGCAGGAGCCGCCCCCUCUUCCGCCAUGCCCUGCACUUUACCCUUUGCACGGAGUCGAACAUGGGGGACCAGCUCAAGUCCCUACUGGGCGUGAAUAGGCAGAUUGUGACGGAACUGUCCGUGGCCAGAUCGCCGGAGGCGCAAGUGACCUACCCUUGCCUCGAGUGCUCGGAGAGCCUCCCGUCUUCGGACGGCGCAGACACGAGCUCUGAGAAAUCCAAGCAGUUGAAAAGCCCGGACUCCACCUUUUUCACCUACCACGAAAGCACCAACUGGGUCCCUCCCAUCUCGUCCAUUUUGCUGGCCGACCUCGAGGUUUCCAACUCCCUGCUCUCUCCUCUGAAGGACAGCUACAGCCUGACCAGCUGUGCGAUGGUCGGCGAGAAGAUGCCGCUGCCGUCGGACGGCCUGAAGUUUGUGUCGCUGCCCGCAGCAUGCUACAGUGAGAACGCGCAGUUUGACGAGGAGGAGUCGGACUUCCACCUCGCGUUGGACACCGAGAGCCCGUCGGAGGACGGCGACUCUGGCCAGAAGUUCUCACCACUCAAGAACAGGGCUCCCAAAGAGGGAUUCUUCGAAAUCGUCACACACGAGACUCCACAAAGUCAGAAAAGCGGAGAGGCGGACACAGACUUUGGCCUGCAUUCGGAGUAUGAGGGUGUGUCCAGGAAGUGGCAGGUGCCUUUUGAGGAGGAGUGUGAUGGCGGGAAGCCUGUGGAGGAGGCGGAGGUGGCGGAGGAGGAGGAGGCAGAGGAGGCAGAGGAGGCAGAGGAGGCAGAGGAGGCAGAGGAGGCAGAGGAGGCAGAGGAGGCAGAGGAGGCAGAGGAGGCAGAGGAGGAGGCAGAGGAGGAGGAAGAAGAAUUGAGUAAGACUCCAGAACCGCACAGCUGUAAACGGCGGCGACACAGCAAAUCGCCCGUCACUGCUAAGCAAGAUGGAAACAAAAAGAAAUGUAAAAAGCCAAGAGCAUCCGAGACAAACUUAGUAUCGUCACCAGAGUCUGGAAAACAUUCCGUCAGACCAGAGUCGCCAACUCGUGGCAGGAAGAAGAAAUCAUCGAUGCCGCCGUCUGCAGAAGAACUCCUGACACCAGCAAAGGGCCAUCGACAGAAAAGAAAAAAAUCUAAAUCAAGGAGUUCAUCGGGGACUGUGGUGGAGCUCGGGGAGGAGGCGACAUCCUCACCGGGCGAGAAGCCACCGCGCAAGGGCAGGAAACGAUCGGGUUGCGAUACCUCCCCCGACAAAGUCAUCCUGGCGAAGAAUGUGGUGAAGAAACACGGGGAGGUGGUGCUGCUUUGGACCAGGGACGACGACCGGCUGAUUCUGUCGGAGGUGCAGCGUCACGGGGCCUCUCCCGACAUCUUCUCCUCCGUCGCUGCGCUGCUCGGUGACAAAACUGGAUCUCAGGUGUCCCGCAGGUUCCGGGAGCUGCUGAAGCUUUUCCAGAAGGCGGCUGCGGCAGAAAGACUCGCCAACGACAGUGACGCGGUGCAGGAGUCGCACCGCGGAUCCUCGCCGCCGCCCGCGGCCCACGCCCCGCGUUGCUGACGACGGCCGAUGCAGAGGCAGGCCGUCGCUCGUGCAAGCAGAUUCGUUCAAUGUCGAUAUCGGUACUGAAGCAAUGGAUGCUGCCCAUUCACGGUUGUGAAUGGUUCGGCGCACGCUCUCGAAUUGCAGUCCCCAGGGGCAGAGGUCGCAACCGGGUGCUCGAUACCCGUACCCUACCCGUACCCGGCUACCCGUACCCAGCCGGGUAUGGGUACGGGUACCCGUUUGCGACCCUGGUGCGGCCGGGUACGGGUACGGGUAGGCCGUGAGUCACUGGUGAGUUACCGUUUGUCACUCAUUUCCCAACGUCUUGUCUCUUCUCACAAUUCAAGUUCCUAGAAUCAACCCACCCGCGCCUGCAACAUGGCUUCAUCCCAGAGGUCGCAAUCGGGUACGGGUAUGGCCGGGUACGGGUACCCGUUUGCGACCCUGGUGCGGCCGGGUACGGGUAAGGAAUCAAAACCCGUUUGCGACCUCUGCCCAGGGGUCACCGGUUGGAGUCGUCCUCCGGCAAUGGCAGUUGAAAUCCUCGGUGUGUUUCUUAAAUCUCACCGCCUCCGUCCACCCAGCCGUGUAUGAAUGGGUGCGCCACAGUCGAGCGGGGGGCCGUGUGCGUGGCUGGGUAGAUUGUGGCUACUUCGGCCUCUUUCUGGCGAGCCAUCUGGUCCUCCUCCGGCAAUGGCAGUUGAAAUCCUCGGUGUGUUUCUUAAAUCUCACCGCCUCCGUCCACCCAGCCAUGUAUGAAUGGGUGCGCCACAGUCGAGCGGGGGGCCGUGUGCGUGGCUGGGUAGAUUGUGGCUACUUCGGCCUCUUUCUGGCGAGCCAUCUGGCCAGUCGUGAACAAGAAGGCCAAAAUAAACCUCAGGAGGCAGGGCGUUGUUAAGUGGUCACCCUUAGUUUGGAGGUGCUUUGGCUACCAGCAGUAGCCUGCAUCUUUUACCGUUUUCACAGAGCAAUGAUACAGGUUCAUGUUGGUUGACUUUAUUCAGUGUUUGAAGCGUCCAGCGUAUGACCCCCCCCUCCCCUGUUAAAUAGCAUGACUUGUUUGUAUACCUUAGGACAGUUUUGUUUUCUAGGUGAAGAGAUGCUGCCCUGGAAACGCAGUUUUCAGUGCAAGUCUCAAUAUUUAAUUGAACUUUGUAAGAUGUAUACAGGGUGGCUCAAGAGGCAGGACACACACUUAAUUUAUUUUAACACUGGCAUUAAUACAUUUAAAUUGUUUAUUCUCUAAGUUAAUAUGCUAUAUAUCUGUUAUCAUAAUUGAUAUCUAAUUUGUUUUUUCCCGUGGGGUCACCGUCAUUUACAAAACUCGACCAAGAACCCCCGAAUGAAUCGAAACGACAAAAUUGUGAAAUGUUCAAAGAGCACGCCUGUAAUAUUUGUAAAAAUAAAGCCCUCAAUUCGUUUCAAAACAUGAUUCACGCAUGCAUUGAUGUCGAUGGAAGUCAGUUUGAACGUAUGUUAAAAGCAAUUAAAUAAUAUGUAAUAUAAACUAAAUAUAUAAUAGCCCAGUGUGUCCUGAGUUUUGGGCCAUGCUGUAUAAAGUUUCACAUCAGUCACAGUUAUCCCACUUUGAUGUAGGGGUGUCGGAGUUUCUAAUGAUCCAGCGAUGUAGCCCACUUGACACCACCACACGAGUUGCUGUAUAGAGCUCACUCUCGAAUGUUCGUAGAUGGAUUGUCUGGGUUUGUGGGUUUAACGGGGCUUGAGAAACAUUAAUAUAUUUUUACACACGCACUGUCUGUUAUUAGCUGCUCCUCAUUGAGUGUCAGUGCCUACGUUUGAGCGCAGACAUGUCAGUGAGAGAACCAUUUACUUAAAGAAGGAAUUACAUCUAUAUGAGGUAAGAAUAAAAACAGCCGAGGCAUGUUACGUCUACGCCCAGUUACUGAACCGUAAUUGGGAGAAGUUAUGAAUUGUGGCCGGCAGAGUUACUGAAGACAUUUGGAAAGACGUCGAGUCAACAGUUUUCUUGACACUGCUGAAAAGCAAUGCUCUGGAUAUUUGCACUUUAUGGCGGUCACCCCGAGGUACCAUAGUACCCCGGCUCUCGCAUAAUGACCGUGAUGCAGACACUUUUGGUCUGUGUUGAUGGUCCGGCGAUGCGGCAAUCGACUCAUCUCGGACGAGCUGUACUCACGAUGC